AUGGAGGAACACAUGAAAGAAGGGUUUCCUUUGCCCACACCACUCGCAAAAUUACUAUCCUUUCAAACGGAUUUGAUCUACAAUGGCCUGGUUUCUGUCUUUUCCCCUGUAUGCUCUCUUUUUUCCGUUGCCUCAGAGUCCUACCACCGUGCUGAGGAGACCACAGACAAUGUUGAAUCAUCAGUGCAACGUGUGCCUUCUCAAAUCACUCAUGGUAGCAAACUCUUGCUGAAGAAACUGGGACUUUGCCUACUGAGUGUUGCUUAUGUGUGCAUGGUUCUGAUUUUGGUACUUUUUCUGGCUACUGUGGUGGGUGUUGGUUUAGUUCGGUUCUGGGUGGAGGAACCCGUGUCUGUUAAGGAAAAUCUGCAUUUUGAUUACACUGAAGCUCACCCUACAGCUGUGUUUUUCUUCAACGGAGUCAGAAGCUUUAAGGAUCACCUAACGAAAAAGCAAAUUAGUAUCCCAGUUGGUCACACAUAUUUCGCUUCUUUGGUCCUUGUGAUGCCUGAAUCUGACUUCAAUAAGGAGCUUGGCGUGUUUCAGUUGACCGCAGAACUACUAUCUGUGGAUGGACACGUGAUAGCAAAAUCUAGCCAGCCAUGCAUGUUGAGGUUCAGAAGUUCAGCGGUUCGACUAGCCCGUACCUUUAUAAUGGGCGUGCCUCUGUUGCUAGGAAUCUCAGGGGAGACUCAGAAUAUCAAUGUAGAAAUACUGAGGCACAAAGAAGACCAUAGAAGAAGCAAUGCUAUUAGAGUAACUUUGCAUCCAAGAGCAGGAACAUCAUAUCUUCCACAGCUUUAUGAAGCUGAAAUGGUGAUAAAAUCCAAUUUACCUUGGACUAAAGAGUUGGUUCGAAAUUGGAAGUGGACAUUUUAUGUUUGGGUGUCCUUGUAUGUCUACAUUGGACUUCUUAUGACUCUCCUAUGCUGUUAUAGGCCACUCCUUUUUCUGGUGACACCACAGUCUUCAAGUCCUCAUAGGGUGGUGAGUGAACUUGCAAGUGAAGAACCUGGAGAGUUACUAGUAGGGGAAGCAAGAGAUGAAAAUGAGGUUUCUGAGUUGUCGAGGAAAUGGAGAAAAAGCAGAGGCAAGAGAAAAACUACCCUGGGACAUGGUGGUGUGCCAGAAACCGUUGUUGGCUCAUCAGCAUCCAACAUUAGCAUGACCACCAGAGAAGAUGUAACAAGUGUGACAAGUGUGUCUGUGGAAGAUGAUGUUGAGGACUCUGAAUCAGUGUGCCUAGGUUAA